GUAUCCAAAUGAUAGGGGCACAAUCUAUUGGAGUAUGCUAUGGAAAAAUUGCCAACAAUUUACCAUCAGUUCAAGAUGUUAUAAAACUAUACAAUGCUAAUGGCAUCAGGAGGAUGAGAAUAUACUAUCCACACACAAAUGUCUUCAAUGCUCUCAAAGGAAGUAACAUUGAGAUCAUUCUCGAUGUCCCAAAUCAAGAUCUUGAAUCCCUAACUGAUCCUUCAAGAGCCAAUGGAUGGGUCCAGGAUAACAUAAUAAAUCAUUUCCCAGAUGUUAAAUUUAAAUAUAUAUCUGUUGGAAAUGAAGUAUCUCCCACAAAUAAUGGUCAAUAUGCACCAUUUGUUGCUCCUGCCAUGCAAAACGUGUACAAUGCAUUAGCAGCAGCAGGAUUGAAAGAUCAAAUCAAGGUCUCAACUGCAACAUAUUCAGGGAUCUUAGCGAAUACCUACCCGCCCANAUUAUCCAUUGUUUGCUCCGACCGGUAUACAAAGACGAGCACGCUGCAUCUGAAGAUGAGUAAGACCUGGAGCUCUACACCUCACUCGACCGCGGAACCAAUGCCGCUGGCACGAGAUGGAUUUAUAGGAGGAGAAGUUGAAGUGUUGAUGGCUGUUUUUGGGACUUUUUGCUCGAGUUUUAGAGCUGAAAAUGGUGGUGCUCAUGGUGUUGCUGCUCGGCUGGAGCUCGUUUUUCCGGCGAGCUGCUGGAGCUCAUCUUUCCGGCGAGCUGCUGAGGAGGAAGACGAAGAGAGCAGCAACUGGUCCUUUUGUGCUUAA